CUUUUGGUCACAAUUUGUAUUCAAUAUUAUGGUUGGAAAGAGCAAAAAGAAGCGAAAUAGUAAGGAUUCUACAUCCAGCAAUGCAGGAAGUGGUGAGGGAGAGGAAAAGAAGAAGAAAGAGGGCGGUGGCAAGAAGAAAGGGGGCGUGGGAAAAUCCAUUGGAUGUGAUAUCUUCAAUGAUGCUGCCAUGGAAAACGCCUACUAUGUGUGCCAUAAUGUACAGGAUGUCUUAAAGUCGAGAGGAUUUGCCUGGCCAGAUGGACAAAAAAAGAAAAAGAAGGGAAAGCGUUAGAGAUCUUUCCUUAAAAUAAUAUGUGAUUAGAGGAAAAU